AUGCCCCUCCUCUCUCGCUUUCCCCGCUCCCGCCCCCGGCUGCAGCAUCUCCUCCGUCGUCCCUCUUCGCAAGACUUUCAGCGCCUCCGUCGUAUCCUCCUCGGCACCGUCCAAGUCAUAGCCAUAAGUUACCUCGCCACUAUCCACAUUGGCGAAGCCGGCAUGUGCACUGGCCCCUCGAUGCUCCCUACGCUCGCGGCAGAUACGGGAUUGCUAUUCUAUGUCAGGCUGCCCUUCUUGCAAGUCUACAGGGAGGCAGUGGGGAAAUUGCCCUGGUCGAAGAGUGAAACAGGGGACUCCUAUGCCUCUUCAGAAGGCUUCACCCUCUCUUCAUCCAAAUCCCUCUCGCGGAGAACAUGCAAUCUGCCCCUCUCCAUAGGAGACAUUGUCGUCUCUGCCGGUCCCCAUGAUCCACAGAAACAAGUCUGUAAACGCAUACUGGGCUUACCUGGAGAUCGAGUCUUGGUGGAUCCUAGACCGGGAGAGAAGAGGAGGAUGACGAGGGCUGGGAUGAGGAUAUUUGAAGAGGAGAAGGGGCGAGGUGCAGGUGCCAGUAGCAGUAGCAGGAGCAGUAGACUGUCACCCUUGCCAGUGAUAGAAACCGCCCGGAGCGUUACUCAGGCGAGCGUAGCCUUACCCAGCACAGCAAGCCAAGAAGACACCGGAGACGAGGAAGAGGACGAAGACGGCUACUUUACCGUUCCACCAGGUCACGUUUGGCUCGCCGGUGACAAUUUACACAACUCUACAGAUUCGCGCGAUUAUGGACCUGUGCCGAUGGGUUGUCUUCGAGGAAAAGUCAUUGCUAGACUCUACCCAAAUCCUACCAUCUUCCGCAGCACAACAACUCCCACCCCGUUAGAUCGGGAACCCGUGUCGGGCCUACUGAACUGGCUGCCCAUGGCUCCCCUUCCGCCGGAGGACUUAGCAGAGCACCAAGAAGCAGGUAGAGUCGUAAGCGGAAGCGGAAGGGGCAGCGACAGCCUUAGUCUAGACUAG